AUGAUCGGUCGCGUUCUUCUUCGUCCUCUUGAAGCUUGCAAGCAAGUUAUCCGCUCUGGUUCCUCAGUCUCUUCGAGAAGCCAAGAUGCUCUCCCAUGGACCCCAUCUGGAGACCCACACACCUCCUUCUACUCCAACGACUUGUUAAUUACUUCUGUUAACGAGAGCGAGAAAAAGACAAAACCAGUUGAUGGAGAUAACCUCGGGUUCGGAUUAGUCUUUUCCGAUUAUAUGGUUGAUAUUGACUGGAGCGCGAAAAACGGCUGGACCAGACCUCAUUUAAAAAAAAUGGAAAACCUCUCUUUACAUCCUGCUGCUAAGUCUCUUCAUUAUGCUUCUCAACUUUUCGAAGGAAUGAAGGCUUACCGUGGUGUAGAUGGAAGAGUCAGACUCUUCCGACCGGAUCUCAAUAUGGACCGUAUGAAGCGGUCUGCUAACCGUUGUGCUCUUCCAGAUUUCGAUGCUAAUCAGUUAAUUGACAUCAUCGUUGAAUUAGUGCGUCAUGACAUUGACUGGGUCCCAUACUCUGAAGUCGGUUCGCUGUAUAUCCGCCCUACCAUGAUUGGUACUGAUAGUACCCUUGGAGUUGCUCAAUCUGGCGAAGCCAAACUUUUUGUUCUCAGUGGCCCCGUAGGUGGAUAUUUCGGAAAAGGAAAUCAGGCUGUCACGUUGCUUGCCGACCCUGAGUCUGUUCGCGCUUGGCCUGGUGGAGUUGGUGCUUACAAGAUGGGAUGCAAUUAUGCUCCAACCGUACGAGUAUCUGCAAAUGCUUUAAAGAAGGGUUGUCAUCAAGUUUUAUGGCUCAGUGAAGAAAAACAAUGGGUUACCGAAGUUGGAACAAUGAACGUGUUUAUGUUCUGGAGAAAUGAAAAUGGCGAAGACGAGUUGGUCACUCCUUCUCUUAAGAGCGGAACCAUUCUUCCCGGAGUCACACGUCAGUCUCUCUUGGACUUAUCCAGGCAAUGGGGUGAAUUCAAGGUUGUUGAAAAAGACUUCACAAUUCAUCAGUUAAGGCGGGCUGUUAAAGAGAACCGACUGUAUGAGUUCUUCGGAUGUGGAACUGCUGCAGUUGUAACUCCCGUCGAAGGAAUUUUAUACAUCAAUCGCGAGGAACAGAGGGAAGAGAAAAUAUCGAUCCCAACAUUGAGUAGCCCAUACGGAAUCAUGAAGAGGCUCUACCAAGAGGUCAUCGAUAUCCAAUAUGGUCGCUCAGAGCAGCCCGGAUGGACGCGCGAAAUUUCAUAG